CAUUCCACACCCUCCGGGAUCUCCAAUGUGAAAAGGUCUGGCCCCGGGUAGGAGGCUGCAGAUAGUCCCCGGGCCCGGGCUCUCGCUGGCCGGCUGCAGCGCGCAGGGUGCCAAGCCCUCCCCUACGAAGUCUGUUUUGUCUCAGGCUGGGCUGAGUCACAUAGAAUAGAUAGAUAGUUGAUUAGCACAUGUCCUCCAGAUCAUAUUAUCCGCCUACAAAUAUAGCCUGUUAGCGCACAGGCACGGGAGGCUUCUUCCGGCUCGGCCGUGCUGCUCAGCGGGUGUAAACAGAGUCUGUGGUGUAAACAGCCGCGGCGGGCAGGCCACGACUGUCAGUGCCCGCCCCCCGGGGCAGGUAAUUUCAUGCUCCCAAAAUGGGACAUAAAGUGGUUGUCUUCGACAUUUCUGUCGUCAGAGCCUUGUGGGAAACUCGUGUGAAGAAGCACAAAGCUUGGCAGAAGAAGGAGGCGGAAAGGCUUGAGAAGAGUGCCUUGGAGAAGAUAAAGGAGGAGUGGAACUUUGUGGCCGAAUGCAGGAGGAAGGGCAUCCCCCAGGCUGUGUACUGCAAGAAUGGCUUCAUAGACACUAGCGUGCGGCUUCUGGACAAGAUUGAAAGGAACGCUCUCACAAGGCAGAGUUCACUUCCCAAGGACAGAGGCAAACGGAGCAGUGCGUUUGUGUUCGAACUUUCUGGGGAGCACUGGACGGAGCUCCCAGAUUCACUGAAGGAGCAGACACACCUGAAAGAAUGGCACAUAAGCAAUACCCUGAUUCAAAUCAUUCCUACAUAUAUUGAGUUAUUUCAAGCGAUGAGAAUUCUGGAUCUGCCAAAAAACCAAAUCUCACAUCUUCCAGCAGAAAUCGGUUGUUUAAAGAACCUGAAAGAACUCAAUGUGAGUUUCAACCAUCUGAAGAGCAUUCCUCCAGAACUGGGAGACUGUGAAAAUCUAGACAGACUGGAUUGUUCUGGAAAUCUAGAAUUAAUGGAGCUGCCCUUUGAAUUAAGUAAUUUGAAGCAAGUUACAUUUGUAGAUAUCUCAGCAAACAAGUUUUCCAGUGUCCCGAUCUGUGUCCUGCGGAUGUCGAAUUUGCAGUGGUUGGAUAUCAGCAACAAUAACCUGAUCGACCUGCCUCAAGAUAUAGACAGAUUUGUAAGCCUUAUGGACAACCCUAUUGAUAAUGCCCGAUGUGAAGAUGGCGAUGAAAUAAUGGAAAGUGAACGGGAUCGCCAACAUUUUGAUAAAGAAGUUAUGAAAGCCUAUAUUGAAGACCUUAAAGAAAGAGAAUCUGUUCCCAGCUAUACCACCAAAGUGUCUUUUAGCCUUCAACUUUGAUAUCUAUCAGAAGACUGCAAAUCUCACUAUUCUCUGGAGCUAUAUAUAAAUCUUUGUUAUGAUCAUGUCAUAUAGGAAGAAUGGCUUGUGCUUAAGGACAAAGCCUAGAAACCACUGUCAUAGUUGCUAAGAAAAAUGGUUUUCAAAUGUCAAAUACAUGAAUAUCUCCCUCCAUGGAUUGGUGAAUUGAAAAAUUGGUUUAUCUAUUGAUAUUUCCAGGUUCAUUUGCAUACACUUGUUUCCAAAUAAUGCACAUUUAAUAUGUUUUAAAAUGUCUUAUUUUUAAGAAUUAUAACUAAAAGACCAAAUA